AUGAACACCUCGCCCGAUCAACCUCCGACCGAAGACCUCGUCGCCACGCUCAGUGGUAAGUGGGGCGACGACAAGCUUAAAUGGCUGCCGUCUCAGAGCAGUCAUCUCUACAAGGACCUAGAAGAGUGGCCGCGCCGUCUUCUCGUCGCCAUAACCGCUCUGGCCAGUCGCACCCACACUGACGAAGACCGCGACUUCGUUAUCGAACAGCUCCAGAAGAAGGUUGUCGAGGUCAUCGGUCGUGAUUCCAUAACCUUCGGCCCGUGGAUGCCCUCGGAGCAGCUCGCAGACCAGCUCGCCUGGGAUGCCGAGACUUUGCUCACCAAUCUCACGCCAGCCUUUGAUCGCAUUGACGGCCUUUCCAGCGCCUGGGGCGACCAUGUCAAGUCAUGGCUCCAGCCGAGCGCCAUCCCGCACUCCAGUGCUCUGGCCUGGGAUUACAAGCUUCUCCGUCUCAUGGCUCGGUUUGCGACCACGUACCCCCGCGCACGUCUCGUCAUGAAGGAGCACUGCGUCCCGAAGGCAAUCAAGACGCGGACCAUGGGCAAUCCUAACGCUUCUCUGAAGGUCACUUCCACGGAUUGGGGCAGGGCUAAUUCAAUGUACGCCAACAUAAGGAAGACGGGACGUCUCCCGCAUGUGGUGGCUGAGAUCGAACGUCGUCUCCUGUCAGAGCAAGAUGCUGCAAACGUGUCCGAAGCCAAGCAGCAGGAGAGCCCCAAGGACAACAACACCGGCUACCCUGUCGUGACCAACAGCACCAGCUACCCUGUCGUGACCAACAACACCAGCUACCCUGUUGUGACUAACACGCCACAGCUUAGACAAGCAAAGACAGCCGGAGUAGCUAGGGACGCCAAGCACAAGCGCUCUAGAUCCCCCAACAUUCCCGAGAUUAGUGAAGAAGCCGUUCAGAAGGCCAAGCCCAAGAAGACUCUGAGCAGCCCAGCCGGCUCCCGCGGCCAUCUCCCUUCUUCCAAGAGGGCGAGGCACUUCCACAAGAGAGGAAUCUAG